AUGAAACUCAUCUUGGGUUCUCUGCUCAUCGCGGUCGCUUUCGCUGCCACUUAUCGACAUAAAAUUCACCAUCAACCAUCACUAAAACAACGAUUGAUGCUAGAGGGAAAAUUGCCCGAAUAUCUCGUAAAAAAAGAUGCCUUGUUGGCAAAGCGAGGCAAUUUGGACUCACAACCGAUCAUGGAUUUCGAUGAUAUGGCUUACUACAACUUUAUCGAUCUUGGAACUCCCCGUCAAACCUUCAUGGUGUUCAUCGAUUCGGGCUCAUCAACCCUUUGGGUGCCCGAUGUGCAAUGUGGAGGAGGCGGACAACAAACUUGUGGAAUCUUCUGUAAGCAGACAACUCGUGAGAACUGUUUGUCGUUCUGCCGUCCCGAGUGUUGCCCAGCAAGCGCCAAAUACCAGAAUCUCGCUGAAAAUCCAUGCCUCUCGAAGAACCGAUUCAACGGAACCCUCAGCAGCACAUACAAACCCCUCAAUUCUCCAUUCGAUAUUGUCUAUCAAACCGGAGAGGUCAAAGGAAAUCUCUAUCAGGAUACUUUUUGUCUCACUAACACGACUUUCUGUGUCACCAAUCAGGGCUUCGGAUCGGCAACGAGUAUUGGAGCUGAUUUCAUUACCCAGCCUGGAGAUGGAAUGCUUGGAAUGGGUUGGCCAUCUCUCGCCGUUAACAACAUUGUCCCUCCAUUCUUCAAUGCCAAGAACCAAGGACUCCUCACGCAGCCAAUUUACACCGUCUACCUCUCCAACGUCGGCGCGCAAAUCGGUCAAGGAGGACAAUUGACUGUCGGGGAUUACGAUCAGUCCAAUUGUAACUCUGUCGUUAAUUGGGUCCCACUUACAUCACAGACCUAUUGGCAAUUCAAAUUGGAUGGAGUUGCUGCUGGUUCCUAUUCAGCGAAUCCAGCUGGUGGAUGGCAAGCAAUCUCGGACACAGCUUCCACUUUCAUGGGAGCCCCACAAGCUGUCGUUGAUGGAAUCGCCAAAGUUAUUGGUGCGACGUACAACGAUGCCUUCAAGGCCUAUUUCAUCGAUUGUGAUGCUCGCACUCCCGACAUCACUCUUUCCAUCAGCAAUCAACGGUUCGCCAUCACCGCCAAGAACUACAUUUUGGCGGCCGGACCGGGUCUCUGUCAAUUUGCCUUCUUCCCAAUGCAAGGUGGUGGCUUUGCCCCAUCAUGGAUGCUCGGCCCACCAUUUAUUCGUGAAUGGUGCCAAAUCCACGACAUGCAAUCGGCGAGAAUCGGCAUGGCCAAGGCCGUGCAAAAU